GCAACGUUCAAUCAAUUCCCGUCAAUCAAGUGAGUGAUUUCGGCUCCAAAAUUUGACGCACCUUUUACUCUUUUGACAGUCGGAAAAAUGUUCCCUUAUGUACUACACGACAAGGAAACGGCCGCUAAAAAAUCACAAGAAGAGACCAAUUCCCCGAAACAAAAGUCCUCAAAAUACCUCAAUGUACCGUCACAAAACUCGCCGAGUCCUCCAGAAUCACCAAAGAAACCAAAACGCGAGUCCAUUUUCGAGUUCAAGUCAGAAGCGGCGAAAAAAGUCGAACUUAUCGCGAAAAGUCGGGACGAAAGGAGACAGAAACUGGCCGAGGAGAAGUCCAUCAGGGACCAGAUGGGAAUUUCGGAGCACAAUAAUCCCUACUACGAGUUCGCCAGGAUGAUAAACGAGUUCAAAAGCAGCCUCGAGUUUCAUCCCUUGAAGGACUCGGACCCAGUCAUUGAAAACCAAAUCACCGUCUGUGUGAGAAAACGGCCUCUAAACACUCGGGAAAAAAACAGGAACGAAGUUGACGUCAUCACCGUUCCCACCAAAAACCAGAUAAUCGUCCACGAGCCCAAACACAAAGUGGAUCUGACCAAAUACUUAGACAACCAACAUUUCCGCUUCGACUACGUCUUUGACGAAACUUGCACUAACGAGACAGUUUACAAAUUCACGGCCCAGCCGCUAGUCAAGACAAUUUUCGAGGGCGGAAUGGCCACGUGUUUCGCCUACGGCCAGACAGGCGCUGGAAAAACCCACACAAUGGGGGGCGAGUUCAAAGGCAAGCAACAGAACUUCAAAAACGGAAUUUAUGCCUUGGUGGCGACCGACGUUUUCAGUUUCCUGAACCAACCCUCUUACAAAGACAAGAACUUGGUCGUUUCUGCCAGCUUUUUCGAAAUCUACGGCAAAGUGGCGUACGACCUUCUGGCCAAGAAGCAACGUCUGAGGGUGCUCGAGGACGGCAAGCAGGUGGUCCAAGUGGUGGGUUUGACCGAACGCAUGGUGGGGAAAGUCGACGAUAUCAUGGACUUGAUCAGGAAAGGGAGCUUGGAGCGGACCUCAGGCCAAACCUCGGCCAACUCCAACUCCUCCAGGUCGCACGCAGUUUUCCAAAUCAUCCUGAGGAAGGCUGGAGGGAAGCAACUCGAAGGGAAGUUCUCCCUGAUUGACUUGGCCGGGAACGAGCGCGGGGCCGACAAUUCAAAAUCCAACAAACAGACUCGGCUCGAAGGGGCUGACAUUAACAAGUCGCUGCUGGCGCUUAAAGAGUGCAUAAGGGCGUUGGGCAAGAAGGGCAAGCACUGCCCGUUCCGGGAGAGCAUCCUGACGAAGAUCCUGCGGGACUCCUUCAUCGGGGAGAAGUCACGGACGUGCAUGAUCGCGCUGAUUUCGUCGUCGGUGGGGUCCGUCGACCACACGUUGAACACGCUGAGGUACGCGGAUAGGGUGAAGGAGUUGGUGGCGAAUGACUUUUGUGAAGUUAAUUCCGGAGAGUCGGAGGAGAACGAGAACGAUCUCUUGGCGGUGGAAUACAAUUUGCUUGAGAAUAGCAAAAGUGUGAUUGAUAGUUGCGUCUAUUUCCACCAAAAAGCGUGCCAGCUGUACGAUAACAGUAAGCAAGCGGGCUACAGUAAGUAUGAGUUUGCCAAAAAUUGGAAGAAUUUGUUACGAGAGAUGAUCGAUGUUCAGAAAGUUGCCUAUAUUAAGGCGUCGGAGUUUUGCGAAAUGCUUGAAGACGAGGAUUAAUUUGUAUAGUGGCGAUAAAUUUUAAUAAAGCAUUGAUUAAACCGU